AUGUCCAUGUUGUCCCUGCUACAUGCCUCAGCUAUCUGGUCCGUUGACGGUCGGGUACCCCAGAAUCUGCGAGUGCGCAAACCUGCUCUAGAAGGAAUACCUAUGGUAAUCGAUACCAAAUCCUUAAACGACAGUGUACCUGCUGGCACAGACGACCACAAUGACUGCACUCGCCGAGCCUUGGCCCAACUCGGCAAGAUUAAUGCUGAUUUAGAGGACACCUAUGGCGGCUUCCAGCUCAAAUACUGGAUUAUUUUUGGGGCCUCUCUCCUCUUUUUGGUAUGCUGCUGUACUGGCUGCGUUUUUUGGCGUUGCCGCCGACGUCGUGGAAAAGAAACGAAUGCGGUCAAGCAGAAUAGUGGCAAGUCAGACGGUGAUGGUGAAAAGAGUAGCACCAUGGUUACUAGAAACAAUUCAGGUCACACGUCCACUACCCAAGAUACUCCGGAUACGGACCGCCCCAAUGCCUGGGCUAAUGCCCAUAGCAACCAUAGUAUGAGCGUCAUCUACUAA